CUAAGAAAGGAAUUAUAUGCUUUGUGUCAACACACUCAUACUAUCGCACACUCGUCGCAGAACAGACAGUAGCAUCACCACCACCACAAACGCCGUCGAAAGCGCGCGCCGCCGCGCCUACCACUGCCACCGCCUCUGUGCACCGGCAACAAUGGCGAAACGCAGUUCACUUUCUCUCUCCGCACUCCUCAUUCUCGAUCUUCUCCUCUGCUUUUCCUCUUUAUCUAUCUCUGUAAACUUCGCCAACGAUUCCACGAGCUUUAUCAAUGGCGAUGUUAAUCUCACUGCUUCUACCAAUACUACGAAUUCUACUAAUAGCUUCGCCGACAUGUUUGAUCGUGCUUUGGAGAAGGAAUUCCCUGAAAAUGAUCAGAACGAAGUCCCCGAUUCAGGGAGCUUUAACAACAGUGUUGCGGAGCAGCAGGCUGUUUUGGAGACGGUUGCUAGAGUGAGGUCGAAGAAAAAUGAAACAAAAGAGGAGAAGUCUUUUUUCUCUCAUCAAGUUUUCAAUCUCGACAAUGAGAAUGGACCUGAGGAUACACCUACGUUGAUAGAUAGAAAGGAUAAUGUCUUCAUUAUAUCCAAUCCAAAAUCAAAGUAUCCAAUACUGCAGCUAGACCUUAGAUUGAUAUCAGAGCUGGUUGUUGCCAUUGUCUCUGCAACUUGUGGUGGCAUUGCAUUUGCAUGUGCUGGACAACCGGUUAUCACUGGUUAUCUGCUGGCAGGAUCUAUUAUUGGACCUGGAGGGUUCGGUUUUGUGACUGAGAUGGUGCAGGUGGAGACAGUGGCUCAAUUUGGUGUUAUAUUUCUCUUAUUUGCGUUGGGCUUGGAGUUCUCUGCAUCUAAGCUUCGCGUGGUCCGAAAUGUAGCUAUUCUUGGGGGCGUAUUCCAAAUUUUCCUUUUCAUGUUCCUCUGUGGAGUAACAGCUUCAUUAUGUGGUGCUAAAACUUCUGAAGGUGUCUUUGUUGGCUUAUUCCUGUCAAUGUCAUCAACAGCUGUGGUCUUGAAGUUUUUGAUGGAAAGAAAUAAUGUCAGUGCCCUUCAUGGUCAAGUUACUAUUGGAACCCUGAUUUUGCAGGACUGUACUGUAGGUUUGUUAUUUGCUUUCUUACCUGUCCUUGGCGGUACCUCUGGGAUUCUUCAAGGAGUUAUAUCCAUGACUAAAUCGUUGCUCACUUUAGUCUCCUUUUUGGCUAUCUUGUCAAUAUUGACUCGAACUCUUGUCCCGCGGUUUCUUAAGCUGAUGAUAAGUCUUUCUUCACAGACAAAUGAACUUUAUCAGUUGGCAUCGGUGGCUUUCUGCUUGCUUGUUGCUUGGUGUAGUGAUAAGCUGGGUCUAAGUCUUGAGCUGGGAUCCUUUGCGGCUGGAGUUAUGAUUUCAACUACUGAUCUUGCUCCACAUACACUUGAACAGAUUGAGCCAAUUCGGAACUUCUUUGCCGCUCUGUUUCUCGCGAGCAUUGGAAUGCUAAUUCAUGUUCAAUUCCUUUGGAAUCAUGUUGACAUUUUACUGGCGGCUGUCAUAUUAGUGAUUAUCAUAAAAACAGUUGUGAUUGCAAUAGUAGUCAAAGCAUUUGGUUACAACAACAAGACAUCACUUCUUGUUGGAAUGUCGUUGGCACAAAUUGGGGAAUUUGCUUUUGUUCUUCUUAGCCGUGCUUCUAAUUUGCAUCUGGUUGGGGGGAAAGUUUACUUACUGUUGCUUGGAACAACCGCUCUCAGUUUGGUGACAACACCAUUGCUGUUUAAGUUGAUACCUGCAGUCGUUCAUCUUGGAGUGUUGUUGCGGUGGUUUUCUCCUGACAGUUCUAGUGAGAUUGGAUUUAAAGGCGAUAUCCUUCGCUCAGACAGUGCUAAGCGUAUUUCUUUGAUCGUCCAAGGGGGGUCCCAUGAUUCAUGAUAUUUAAAAUAAAAAAACUUGAACCGGAAAAGCAAAUUUCGGGCCUUACCUGAUGGGCUUCUUACUCUGGGGGACAGGUGACUAAGAGUGCAAAGGAGGUUGACUGACAAAGUCAACUCUUGCCACACUGCGCCAUUAUUGGUGUCUAUUGUAUACAAAAUCUGACAAAUUUGAGAAGUGAGGUACUAUAUGGCAAGUGAAGAAUGGAAAAUGUACAAAGAUACGAUUCAACUUGCCAAAGUUAAACAGCGGAUGGUCUCGUUUUCUCCCGUUACGUGCAUAAUUUUUUUGUAUAAUAGUGUUCAUUUUUGUAAUGUAGUAAGUUCCCUUUUAUUUUUGCCUGUUGUUAACCCAAUAUGGGGUUCUUUAGUUUAGUGGAAUUUCUGAUGCAGAUUUAGGAAUGUUUAGUUGUAUAAUCAGAGCAUAUUUUAUCCAGAGUGGAGUGAUCCAUACAACACUAAUUCCAAGUGAAUGAAAAGAGUUUUCUCGCUCUUUGUAUCUUGAAUAUCCUCGAUCCUUAGUGAAAUGCAAAUUUUUAUUUUUCA